GCGUUAGGACUCCAUAGGGAACAAGUAAGACUAACAGCUUGGACAGCUGUUGCAGAGGCUGAAGACGCUCGCUGGGAAAGGUGAGGCGAUUCAGUGGGGAAUCGGCGCCGCUGCAAUCAGGAUCCGCGGAGUUGGAGUUGCCCCUCCCCCAUGUCAACUGACGAACACCUGGACCCGAUCCCUGACAGCUUCAUCCUGCAGCCGCCGGUCUUCCACCCUGUGAUUCCUUAUGGCACAACAAUUUUUGGUGGCCUGUAUGCAGGCAAGAUGGUCAUGCUGCAGGGCGUGGUCCCUCUACAUGCACGGAGGUUCCAGGUGGACUUCCAGUGCGGGUGCUGCCUGCAUCCCCGACCGGACAUCGCCUUCCACUUCAGCCCUCGAUUCUAUACUGUCAAGCCACACGCCAUCUGCAACACCCUCCAAGGUGGACUCUGGCAAAAGGAGGUCCGGUGGCCAGGUCUCGCUCUGCAGAGAGGGGCGAGCUUCCUCAUCCUCUUUCUCUUUGAGAAUGAGGAGGUAAAGGUGAGUGUAAAUGGACAGCACUUUCUUCACUACCGCUACCGGCUCCCACUCUCACGGGUGGAUACCCUGGAUAUAUCCGGUGACAUCUUGGUAAAGGCUGUUGGAUUCCUGAACAUCAAUCCAUUUGUGGAGGGUAGCAGAGAGUAUCCAGUUGGAUAUCCCUUCCUGCUGUACAGCCCCAGGCUGGAGGUGCCCUGCUCACGUGUUCUUCCUCGGGGUCUCUGGCCUGGGCAAGUCAUUGUAAUUCGAGGACUGGUCUUGAAAGAACCAAAAGAUUUCACCCUGAGCCUGAGGAAUGGGACCACCCAUGUUCCUGUGACACUCAGGGCUUCCUUCACAGACAGAACACUGGCCUGGGUCUCGUCCUGGGGACAAAAGAAGCUGAUCUCAGCCCCCUUCCUUUUUCACCCCCAGAGGUUCUUCGAGGUUCUGCUUCUGUGCCAAGAGGGAGGGCUGAAGUUGGCCCUCAAUGGGCAGGGGCUGGGGGCCACCAGCCUGGACCAGAAAACCCUGGAGCAGCUUCGGGAGCUCAGGAUCAGUGGCAGUGUCCAUCUCUACUGCGUCCACUGCUAAGAAGGGCUCUGAGGGCACUGCUUCCAGAGAAGAGGAAGGGCGGCUGCAACCAGGGCUCCACAGUUAACAGCCCCGUUCUACUGUUCUCACUGGAGAAAUGGACCUGGCACCACUCUGUCAGGCCUAGUUCACAUCUGGGUUACAAGCCUGAAUCUAAAAGCAUAUCACACACACACACACACACACACACACACACACACUCACACACUUAUUGCAUUUUAAUCUAUCAAUUCUGAAAAUAAGGGCCCAGAUCAAUGUGUCUUUGCAUCUGUCGUCCACAUUCAAAUUCUGACUUGGUCUUCAUUCCAAUCCAGGCCCAGCCACUGAGAAGGCAAAUAGAGUGUGAACAAGAUGAGUCCCAAAUCUGUGAUCAGCACACACCAUCUACACUCUCCUCUUCAUCUACACUUUUAUCUACAGUCACUUGAUAGUUUGUGAAGCCUUUGCCCAGAGUGAACAAAUAUCGUAGCUGCUCUCAUUGUUUUGGCCAAAGGGAAGCAGCCACAGUCCAGAAAACCACAGAUAAUGGGACAUUUUGGUCACCCAACCAUGUAAACAACAAUAAUCUCCCAUAAGAUUAUAAUAUAGUCUGGGUUGGCCAGAGAUUAUUCAAUCUAAAUAAAUCAAUCUAAAUUCAAUCUAAAUUCUAUAGCAUACCCUGCAAUGUCCACCCAAUGGCGAAAUGCUCAAGUAAUGCAUUUCUCAGAAUUUGUCCUUGUCAUGAAGUGAUACAUGGCUAUAUCCAGCAGAACAGGUAGACCAGGAAAAGGGAACCUGUAGAGUUUGAUUUGGACUAUUCCUGGAAAUAGUCUUGGGCUCACCUUAGAGUGAACUGAAAACACUGUCUCUGAGGAAUGUGUCUGUAAUCCCAUCCUCCCGCCCAGAGCUGUGCCAGGUCACUGAUAGAAGAUGCCGAUGAAGAAUUUGCCGUGUUCUAACAUAUACACUAAACAAAGAGCCACUUUCUUCCCUUAUCCAUUUACCAAGAUUGAUCAUGUACCUUUCAUAAAGGAAAAAAACCUCAAAUGCAUUUCCAAGAGGAAAGUUUUUACUACAAAUAUAUGUCUUUAUUGUAAUCCAGGGAAACUAGAAGUCAGAAAAAAAGAUGGCUGAGAGGCAACCUCUAGACACCAAGCCUGGGAUUCUAGGAAGGAUCUGUGUCAGAGGAGAUGGCAGGUUGGUGGGUUAAGAUUACUUAUUUAACCUUCUAAUGAAAUAAACUAUCUUGAGAGACUAUAAUAUACUAUCUUAAAAUGUGGGGAGUAAAAUUUAUUUGGUGUUGAUGAAACUUAAUAAAAAUACAUUGUUUUAUCCACUGAUAUUA